AUGGUACAGAGUAAAAACAGUUCCGGCGUAGCAGCUAUUGGAACGGCCGUUCCCCGCCCCACCAUGCGAGGGAUCUGGAGCCAAGCGAUUACCCUAGCGGUAAUACAAAUCGCUCUAGUCACAGGAAAGGCGUUAAUACCGCAAGAACAACAAGCACAGCAACAAUUGGAGCCUAUUGCUGAGGCCACUAAUAACGCGCAGAAACGUGUUGGCUACGACUAUCCCGCCCCACCGCUCGAUCUUGUGAAUCCUUUCCAAGAACACGACGAUUUGCACCUUCAUGGCGACCAUCAUGAAGUACUAGAACAUCACGAAGAACACGAAUAUCCCGAAGCACAUGAGCAUCACGAUGAACAUCAUAUUCAUGAAGAACAUCAUAUAGAAGAACAUCAUGAAGUACAUCACGAACACCACGACCACCACGAUCACCACGACCCAGGUUAUUGGAAAAAGAAACUUAUAUGGAAACCGGGCUGGAAGAAAAUAUGGAAGCAAUCGAAAAAACAAAUAUGGAAACCAUCAUGGAAAAAAAUUUGGAAGCCUAUUUGGGUCCCGACUAAAAUUCCCGUUUGGAAAGAUAUUAAAGUACCAGACUGGAAAAAAAUUUACAAACCCGUGUGGAAGCCUAUAAAAGUUGCAGCUUGGAAAGAGGUAAAAGUUCCAGACUGGAAAAAAAUACAAGUCCCCGUAUAUAAAGACAUAGUGGUACCAGGUUGGAAAGAAAUUCAAGUUGUAGCAUGGAAACAAGUAUGGGUGCCAGAAUGGGUUAAAGUAGGCGUACCCGGUGAGAAAUACCUUGGUAAAGAUCAUGACGGAUGGGAAUACACUUCACAUGAUCUUUGGAAAAAAAAGUUAAUUUGGAAACCAAUUUGGAAAAAGUACUGGAAGCCAGCUAAGAAAGAAAUCUGGAUACCAGAUAAAAAAUUAGUAUGGAAAGAUGAGUGGAAGCAAAUAUGGAAGACAGAGAAGCAAAAAAUUUGGGUAGGUGACAAAAAGCUUAUUUGGAAAGAAGCUUGGCAACAAAUUUGGAAACCGUCGAAGAAACUAGUCUGGAUACCAGAUAAAAAACUAGAAUGGAAAGAAGCUUGGAAACAGAUAUGGGUGCAAGAUUGGAAAGAUAUUUGGAUUCCAGGAGUCAAGAAAAUUUGGCGACCAGUUUGGAUAUCUGAGUGGUUUCCCUCUCCUGAUCAUCAUGAACAUGUUCAUGAAUCGCAUGGAUGGGAUCGAAGUGAUAAUAGCGCAUCAGGUAGUCAAAAGUCAGUAGCUGUUAAAGAAGCUCCUCAGCAACUGAAGCCGCAACAAUCUCAGCAGUCAACAUGGCAGUUUCCAAAAUAA